GGAUUUCUGUUAUCCUGAUACCUCGGCCCGAAAGUUCUGAAAAGGCUGGUCAGCUGCUCCUCAUCAAAGCCUAGAGUUUCCCGCAGGACAUCAUUGGACUUAUGCUCUACCAACCCAUAAAAGUCCGCAGUGGUAACCCUGCUGCCGGCGUUGCUCAUCCGGGAAAAAAGAGUGAGUGCUUGUCUGCACUCUCUCUGCCAUUCUCCCAUCCUAGGUCUUCACUUGAUCCAUGCAUCUACAUCCAUAAGGGACUUCAAUUGCAGAAAGAGUUGCUUGGCCAGCAGUGACCACACCUGUUCACCAUCCAGGUAGCACCGGAGAUGCCUCAGCUUCAGCAUGUACUUGCACAUCAUCAGCUAGGGCAUCCCCAGCCCACCCUUUAACGGUUUUUGGCAGCAGAUGGAGCACCUCACAAGUGGCGUUUUCCCUCUUCACAAAAAGUGGAAAAGGAUCCGUUCCAACUGAUUAAACCACAAACCGGGGCAAGGCACGAUGGUUAGGCGGUAGGUUAUCACUGAUGCUAUAAACACCUGUGCAACCUCAGCCCUUCCCUUUAGGAUAACGUCCUCCCAGGCUAAGUCUGGGCUCGGGCCGUUAUCUUGCUCGCCACCUUGCUCCAGUUCUUCUCCACCUGGAGAUCUGGUCCAAACCAGAUCCUGAGCAUUUUAACCGGGCCUUCUGUCCAGCAUCCGACGACGCUGUUGGGAGGCAUUGACUUUCCCCACCAUUGACUUUCUCCUGGUUAAUUUUAGCUCCUGCCAUCACUUCGUAUCCUUUGAUGGCGUCUUCUACACAAAGUAGCUGCCCUUCAUCAGACACGAUGAUGGUGACAUCAUCCGCAUGUGCCGUCGCAUUUCUCCCAUAACACAGAUCACGCGGGUCUGCCUCCAUAUUUUUAAGGGUGUAUCCUUUAAACUAGUUUUAUGUUUGAUUAUAUCGUCAUUUCUUUUCCAUUCUAACAAAACUGUCUGAUGAACGGGAACAUGAAAAUCUGAGUAACAGUUUUUGUAAAAUUUCUGCUGCUUUUAAUAAAGCAUAUUACUCUACCUCUGGUAUUUUAGUGCUCUUUUUUCCAACUUGUUUCACAUUCAUGUGCUUACUCCGGUAUGUAUGUAUGUAUGUAUGUGCGUGUAUGUAUGUAUGUAUGUAAUGUAAUGUAUGUAUGUAUAAAGCGAGAUUUCUAUAUAUCUUAAAUUUGCGGAAAAAUUUGUGGUGAGAGCAGUUCAGCUUAAAGGUGAAGCAUCAGUUUUGGUGUGCAAGAGAGACGAUUGUGCUGGUAUGGUCAUGUGGCGAGAAUGGAUGAGGAUAGCUGUGUAAAAAAGUGCCACACCCUAGCGGUUGAGGGAACCUGUGGAAGAGGCAGGCCCAGGAAGACCUGGGAUGAGGUGGUGAAGCAUGACCUCCGAACAUUAGGCCUCACCGAGGCAAUAAUUUGUGACUGAGACCUUUGGAAAUAUGCUGUGCGUGAGAAGACCCGGCAAGCCAAGUGAGACCAAAAUCCAAGGCCUCUGCCAGGGAUGUAGCCAGCCCCCUUACGCGUAACAUUCCUUCAUUGGACACUAAACUCCGCUUACGAAGACCUGUUGAGGCAAGUGAAAUUGAAAUUGAAAUCGAACUAAAUCUGUAGACUAGCACCCAUGCCAACGUCUCUUCAUUGAACACUAAACUCAGCUUGCGAAGACCUGUUGGGGCAAGCGAAAGCAAAAUCGUGAUGGUACCCGUACCAGUAGAUCACUAAGAGCACCGUCCAAGCAUGAUCGUUGCCAGAGAACCAGCUGUCUGGCUUCCGUGCCGGUGGCACGUAAAUCGCACCAUUUGAGCGUGAUUGUUACCAAUGUCACCUUCCUGGCACUUGGGUAUGUGAAAAGACAUUCAAGCAAGUUCGUUGCCAGUAUUGGACUGGCUCCUGUGGAGGUGGCACAUAAAAUACACCAUUUCGAGCAUGGCCGUUGCCAGUACCUCCUGACUGGCCUUUGUGCCGGUGGCACGUAAAAGCACCCACUACACUCUCGGAGUGGUUGGCGUUAGGAAGGGCAUCCAGCUGUAGAAACUCUGCCAAAUCAGAUUGGAGCCUGGUGUAGCCAUCUGGUUCACCAGUCCUCAGUCAAAUUGUCCAACCCAUGCUACCAUGGAAAGCGGACGUUAAACGAUGAUGAUGAUGAUGUGAGAGCACUGCGACGCGUAAUCAUGGGGGUGUGAGUUCGAGUCUCAUAGCUAGCCGCCAACACUUUUUUCUGCAAAUUAGGGGUAGUUUAUCCUGUUCAGGCUAUAUUAUUAACAUUAUCCUACGUUUGAUAAUUUUAAAAAAUCACUUCUUUAACUUUCUAAGACACCUCGACGCUUCUAAAGCAAACUUCGUUUGUUUGUUUACUUUCAUCGUAAUUUGUGUGUGUGUGUGUAUAUAUAUAUAUUUUGCUUCUUCUUAAGAAUAUAUAUGUUCUUAUAAUAUGCACAAAAGGUUAUUUGUAUACGAGAGGCUCCUUAUUAUCUUUAUGAACUAUCUUUCGAAUUUAUUUCGACGUAGAGCAUUAUCUUGAAGCUUCACUUAUUCGUUUCGGUAAUUCAGAGGAGCAUUGUACUUUUUUGCAAACCCCAUUGUCGUUGGUCCCAAUUUUAAUAACACCGUUUUCUUCCUCUUAUCCCACAUUUCUUUAUGUUAUCUGAUGGUUUUAAGGUAAAAAGUUUUCACUAAAGAUGAUCAACAUAUGAAGUUUGAAGAUUAAAAUUAACUUCAUUAAGCUAUGUCAGCCUGUUAAUACAAAAUCCUUGGAAUUGAGAUUAUUUACUGUAAUACCAAAACCAACAACAGAAGGAAGGCUGUAGUAACAGUAUCAACAACAUAUGUAGUACUUCAGCAUGACUGCAGUCCUUUUGUUACAACUACUGCUACAGUAAAAUAUUAAUUAGACUGAAGAUAUAAAGACUAAAAACUUCAUCAAGCUGAUGUCAGCCUGUUUCUGAAACUCUUAGUUGAAUGGAUGUGAACUAUUACCUUGGAAUUGAGAUUGUUUGCAAAAAUUCCUACAUAAAUGUUUACAGGAAAAUUUUCUUUAUAAAUUAAUUUAGAAAGCUAUACUGUGAACUUUUUAUAAUUUUAUACUUUAAGAAUUUCAUAUCUGGAUUUAUCUUGUUAAUUGGAACGACUUUAAUGAUAUUUUAGUUGUUGGCUGUCACAAGAUAAACUAAUAAAUCCCUUUGAAAUGUUUUUUAACAGUUAAGACUUUACAAAGAAUAUCACACAGAAAAUUAGAUAAAAAGUAAAAGUUAUGAAUAAAAAAGCAGAACCCCAAAAUAUUGAUUCAUCAGAAGAGAAAUCACAUUCUUGUGAUAUAUGCAGAAAGUUAUUCACAACAAAAAAGAAUUUAAUUCAACAUAAAUUAAUCCAUUCAUUCUCUAAUCUUCAUCAGUGUGAAGUUUGUGGCAAAAGAUUCACUGCAAACAAUUUAUUUUCUCGCCAUAAAUGUAGUCAUCCAGGAAAAAAACUGCACCACUGUGAUAUCUGUGAUGAAAAUUUUUCUUCAAGUGGCAGUUUAUCUUCCCACAAGCGAAUUCACACAGGAGAGAAACCAUACCACUGUGAUAUCUGUGAUAAAAAUUUCUCUCAGAAAGGUAAUUUAUCUACCCACAAGCGUAUCCACACAGGGGAGAAACCAUAUCUUUGUGUAGUUUGUAACAAAGCCUUCUCUGAUAGUCGUAGUUUAUUUAUCCACAAACGUAUUCACACUGGAGAAAAACCAUAUCACUGUGAGAUCUGUACUAAAUCAUUUUCUACAAGGGGUCAUUUAACUUGUCACAUACGUAUUCACUCGGGAGAGAAACCAUACCACUGUGAUAUCUGUGGUAAAAUGUUUUCUGGAAGUGGUGACUUGUCUUCCCACAAACGUAUUCACACAGGGGAAAGACCCUAUCACUGUGACCUGUGUGGUGAAACGUUUUCUAGAAAUCGUAAUUUAACUUAUCACAAACGUAUCCACACUGGGGAGAAACCAUACCAAUGUGAUAUAUGUAAUGAAGCAUUUUCUACAAGGGGUCAUUUGUCUUGCCACAUACGUAUUCAUACAGGAGAAAGACCAUAUCACUGUGAUACCUGUGGCAAGACUUUCUCUCAAAGUGGUCAUUUCUCUCGACACAAACGUAUUCACACUGGUGAAAGACCAUACCAGUGUGAUAUCUGUAAUGAAAAAUUUUCCAGAAGUGAUAAUUUAACUCAGCAUAAACAUAUCCACACAGGAGAGAAAUCAUAGUUGUAUAUUUGUAGUAUAACAUUCUUUUCAAGUAACAAUAUAUAUAUAUAAUAAAUGAAUUUUUUUAUGAAUAUCAGUGUUAUGAAUUUUAGCAUGCAAGUAUCAUCAUUAUUUUAAUGUCCAUUAUUCAAUGGUAUGCAUCUAGAGCAAUUGAUGUUUCAAUCCUAUUAGCCCACCAGUAUACCUUGACAUCCUUUUCAUUCCAUUUUAAUUUUACCUACUUCCAAGAUGACAAUGAGAUAUUGUGGAAUUUUAAUUAGCACUCUGGUUAUUGCUUUGUUAAUAUUUAGUCUUUAGACUAAAUUAUUCCAGGUUUUGAAUUUUUUUUUUUUUUUUGUAGCAUUUUUGACACAUUUUGUUAUUGCUGCUUCCAAAAGCAACAGUUUUGAAUUAAUUCUUGUAUUAUAGAAUCAAGAACUAUGAUGAGCAGAAGGGGAAUAAGGAAAGAAAUGCUGUGGGCACCUAACUACAUGAAUAAUUUACUGCUAAUCUUAACUUUGCCUUAUAGCAUCUUCAUACUUGGGUUAAAUGGCUUUUGAAGGUCACUCAUCUACAUCUUAUUUUUGCAGCACACACCAAACUAUAUUGUGUGUGAUCCUAUCAAAAAGUAUUCUGAUUGAUAAAUGCUAGAUGGUUUAUUCUUAACUAAAACCUCUUGUCAUUUUGUAGAAGUAUAGUAUUUAUGGUUCUACAUCUAGACACAAGUACAAACUAAAUCCAAACUAACUUUCUCCUGUACUGAUUUACUAAAAAAUGUUGUCAGCUUUUUCUAGACUUUGUCAUCAUCUACCAUUGUUCAUUCCCAGUACAUCUUACUUCAUCUUUGUUGCCAUUAAUGAUAAUACAGCUACACCAGUUUUCCUUCAUCAUCUAAUUAGUUAAUUGUCUAGUGUAGUGGGUACAUUUCUUAGUUAUUAUCUAUGAUGGGACUGUCCACAACAUAAAAGGUAUUAUGCAUUCAACACAAAUUAAUCUGAUUUUGUCAUUGAAUUGUGUCAGUGUCAACAGUUUUGUCAGCUCCAGUAUUUGUGAAAUGUGUGUUUAGUUAUCUGAAAGUAUGUCCAAUGAAAAUUAAAAUUUUUGAACAUAAAAUACUGUAUUUAAUCUUUAUGGAGAAUGGGGUCAGGUGCAAAUCAUAAAAAUAUGUGAUGCUCAACACUUGUUUUUUCUAUUAACCUUUCUGUUAUAGUCUCAGCCUCUCUACUAUACUGAUGAGCUUUUAAAAGUAACAUUUUAAUUCUGACUCUACAAUUCCAUUCACCCAUGCUAAUUUGUGUCUUUGUCCGAAAGUAUUUCUAUUGUCUGCCAUGUUACUGGCAAUGAUAGAAAAUGAAAUCUGACAAUAAAAAGUUGAGCUCCUGACAUGAUAUAUAUUGAGUGGACCAAGAGUCACAAAGUCUGACUACAUAUUGCAAUCUGUGAAUAUAUUUUUAUACUUUGUGACUCUUGGCCCAUUCUACAGAUGAUUAUGGAGUUCAGGUUAUAACCAUUAUUUUAAUUUUUAAUCUUGAUUUUUUUUCAGCCCCUCUUUACAAUGUAGUUUCAAAAUUCAUCAGUUGUUCUUGUGCUGCUAAGGGCUUGUCACUCGAAAUUGCAGCAUUAUCACUGGAGGUUAAUUCAAGUAGUUUUUCAACAGUAAAUCUGGGUAGUUUUCUCUUGAUUGUAUCUAUAUUCUUGCAGAAAUAUACAGAUUACAUAAUCCAUAAUUAUUAUGAAGAUGUAUAACGCAAGCUUGUCUUCCCCAAAGUUGUCUCAUUACAGUUAC